CUACCCUUUCACUAUCUCCUCUUUGUUUACUCAAUUCCAUGAAUCGCUAUAAAUACGCUCUUAACGUUACUCUUCACUUGGCUUGCUCACAACAAUCCAACCUUCUAGAUUCUUCUUCUUCCUUCUUCAACUCUCUCUUCUCUCUCUAUACAGUUAUGACAAACUCAACAAUCAAAUUCCUCUGUAGCUACGGCGGUAAGAUUUUACCUCGUUACCCCGACGGCAAGCUCCGUUACAACGGCGGUCACACUCGCGUCCUCGCCGUUCCUCGCUCCAUCUCAUUUUCCGAGCUAGCAUCGAAGAUGGCGGAGAUGUGCGGUGGAUCUACAACGGUUACGAUCCGGUGUCAACUCCCAACGGAAGAUCUCGACGCGCUCGUUUCGAUUACUUCCGAUGAAGAUCUAGCGAAUCUAAUCGAAGAGUACGAUCUCGUUUCAUCAUCUUCCCCGAUGAAGAUCAGAGUCUUCUUAAAUCCACCAAAAUCCGCCGCCGGAUCUAAAAAAUCAACGAUCUCUACUUAUCCUACUCCGUUAGCGUUACCGUCAUCCACCACUAACACGUCAUCAUCUUCUACUACUUCAUCUUCUUCAUCAAGUCCUAGAUCUCCGUCGAUGUCUAAACCACCGCUUCAUCCGUCGCCACCGAGGUUGACGACGGUGAAGAAUCCAUGCUACGGUUGCUACGUCCACCGUAAUUCGAGAAAUCUCUACCUUGUUCACAACGGCAAUCACUGGCAAUAACAUCAUCGAGAAAUUGAAGAAUCAUCUCUGAAUAUACAAUUUAAAAAAAAAAAAGUAAGGUUGGAAAUAUAUAUCUUCUUCGUUUGAAAAAAAAAAUUGUAAAAGAGCGAGAGAGAUAUAAAAAAAAUAGAAGGGUGUACGUGUACGUGAAUCCCACCGUCGCCAUUAAUGAAAUCAUCCCAAAGCUUUUUUCGUUUUUCUUGGUGAUGAUGAAUUGGGGUAAAGUAUCUAAAUCCUUUGUAUAACCGGGAGCAAAGGCGUGAUCGAUUUUUCUGGUUUACGGCGAAAUUCGAAACGGGAUAAGCUUUGGAGAAAUUGUGAGAGAAAGACAAAAAUUUAAGAAGAAAAGAUUAAGAAUGUUGGGAAUUAAUAAAUAUGAAAGUGAUGAUGAUAAGAUUCGAUUUUAAAUCGAAAUGGGGUCCUGGAAAUACAGCUGGGAAUGAUAUAUAUGAAUGAAUACGAAAAAUGAAAUUUUAGUA